CUCCUCCUCCUGCUAGGGCACGAGAACCUCCCUGCCUCGCUAUUCGAGCGUCUGCGGCGAGAUCUCGCCAAAGCCGUCAACCCGCCCCCCAAAGGCAGCACCAGGUUGAUACCGGAUGACCCUAAUUCGCCCCUCUGGAAAACCCGCAACCCCGAACCGAAGGUACACGUUAUCCGCCCCUCGAUCCUAGCUGCUAUCCUACGCACCCGAGCUCCGCACAUGUAUCAUGUUCGCGAAGUGCUCAAAGGUCCCGUAGCCGCGCUCGCCUACCCCGUCCUUGAUCCCCCGGCACUGGCAAAACUCCUCCGAGUUCUGGACCGAGCCGUACCCAAGUCCUCGGAGGAGAAGAGGAAACCUCGGCUACAGAUCCUUGCUGCGUUAGUAGAGGGGCAAGUGAUGUCGGAGCCUGUUCUGAGGGAGACGGCCAAGCUACCGACGCUCGAGACGCUCAGAGCACAGAUUGUCGGGUUACUCAGUGCGCCGGCGGCGCAGACUGCGGGAGUGCUGGAUGCCGCCAGAGGAGGGAGGACGGUGGGGUUGUUGGAGAGUUACAGGAAGGGGCUGGAGGAGGGGGAGGCGGCUCCGUGAGGGUAUAAUGGGAAUAUAACAUUGUAUAUGCGCAUGCGCAUUAGUCUAUCAGGACAUCGGGGAAAUUAUAAACCA